CCGCACACAGCAUUCCUGCACGCUAAUCUUCUUUAGCAGCUAAAGCAGGACCUUUAGAAGGGCCUUCACUCACCGCCAUGUAGCGCUUCCAGAAGCCAAGUAGCUGCGUUACCUUCCCGUUCUAAAGCCCCGCGGAUGCGCGCUCGCAGCAGCACCACUGUCAUCAUCGGCAGCAGCAGCAGCAGCAGCGGCGGCAGCAGCAGCAGCAGUGCCAGCGUCGGCAGUAUUCGCAACAGAAUCGGCGUGCUUAUGGCUCGACAGGAAAUGCGGCGCGCUGCGAUAGUAACGCUGGUGCUCUUAGCGGGGCUGAUACCGUGCCUUACGCUGGUUCUCGCUCACGAGCGCGCAUCGACUCACUUGAUACUCGAUAGUAGCGCCUCCGAUAUACUGCAAGACGUUCUCAGACGAGAUCAGCUUAGAGCGUCGAGCUUGGUCCCUGAUUCAGACAAUACCGAUGAUGUCGCCUCCACUAAUGUUCACGAGAUUCCGUUCUUAAAUAGUUCUGAUCUUACUCCGGUUGCGUUCGAGCCAGCGAAUUCUGGCGUUCCUGCCUUCUCGGAUCAACCAGAAAGCGAAUGGUCCAUCAGUAGCCUCGCUGGCGAUUCGAGUGCGUCCGCAGCAGAAGCUGCCUUCACUACAAGCGAGAAGAUACUCAAGGGUUGUCCGUCAUUGGAAUUGCUGACAGACGGCGCGCAGGAGGAAGGGGAGCUGCGCGCCAGCGACUUUGGCGGGGACUUUGUGUUUGGUUUUGCUACUAGCGCCGCUCAGGUGGAAGGCGCGGUGGCGGAAGGCGGAAGGGGAAGAAGCAUAUGGGACGACUUUGCGGAGAGGCCAGGAAAGAUCAAGGAUGCAUCCAAGCCUUCUGUAACAGCUGAUCAGUUUCACCGAUAUAAGGAUGACGUGGCGCUGCUCAAGGCCAUGGGGGCAUCCUCCUACCGCUUCUCCAUCUCCUGGUCUCGAAUCAUCCCUGACGGCAUGGGCGCAGUGAAUGAGGCCGGAAUACAGCACUACAGCAACCUGAUAGACGAGCUGCUGGCCAAUGGCAUCGCGCCAGCUGUCACGCUGUACCACUGGGACCUGCCCUCGGCCCUGCAUCAACCGCACGGGGGCUGGCUCAACGCGAGCAUUGUGGCCGCCUUUGUACGCUAUGCGGAUGUCUGCUUCUCCCGCUUUGGAGGCCGCGUACAGACGUGGAUAACCUUCAACGAGCCCCAGCAGACGGCCGUGCAGGGGCACGGCUACGGCACCAUGGCUCCCGGCCGCUGCUCUAACCGCUCGGUGUGUGAGACGGGCGACUCAGCAGCCGAGCCAUACAUAGUGGCUCACAACAUUCUCCGGGCCCAUGCUGCUGCUGUGGAGGUUUACCGAUCCAGGCAUGGGAGGCAGAGAGUGAAAGAGAAUGGAGAGCACGGCCGCAUAGGGAUGACAGUGGACUGUGUGUUUCUGUACCCGGCUGACCAGACUCCUGGGAGUGAGGCAGCAGCAGAGCGGGGAAUGGAGUUCGCCUUCGCAUGGUUCGCGGACCCCCUAUUUACCGGAGACUACCCUCCCUCCAUGCGCCAGGCUGUCGGCUCGCGUCUGCCGUCCUUUUCUGCCGCCGAAUCCUCGCUGCUGAUCGGCUCCUCAGAUUUCCUGGGCCUCAACUUCUACACUGCACAGUUCGCUGCGCAAAACACAGCCGGGGCUGGAGAGACGGCUGACGUGGCAGCUGGAGUGGCUCCUUGGGUGGACUGCCACGUGGACAUGACAGCUGUUUCUCCUGUAACGGGGAAGCUUAUAGGGGAGCGCACAGCGUCAUCAUGGUUGCACGUGGUGCCAUCAGCAGUCCAGCACAUGCUGACGUGGAUCAGCCACAGAUACCCCGCCGUCCCCAUCAUCAUCACAGAAAACGGAAUGAGUGAGCCCAACAUACCCUCUCGCUCUCUUGUCCGCUUGCUCUGUGACGAUCAGAGGGUCCGGUUCUACCGCUCCUACCUCUCCAACAUACUCCAAGCCAAGCGCCAAGGCGUGCCAGUGCAGGGGUACUAUGCGUGGUCCUUGCUGGACAACUGGGAGUGGGCCAUGGGGUUUUCAGAGCGGUUCGGAGCGGUCUAUGUCAACUUCACAGACCCUGCCCUUCCAAGAUUCCCCAAAGCGUCUGCCCUCUGGUUCAAGCACUUUCUAAAGGCGCACUCGAUGCACAUUAGAGGGCAUGUGGUACAGUAAAUCCAUGAAACGAUCGAGUAAUGUUUUCAGCUGUCUUACUAAUGUGUUGUUUUCCCACUGGUGGGUUGUCUUACACGGUUGGGAUUGGAGACGCGAGUUGUAGUAUAAGAGAUGACAUGUACCACACUUAUGAACCAUGUUGGCCUCUGCUUGCAAUUGC